AAUACCCCUGAUAUUAGGGUUUACAUUCAGCUAUCCAUUUAAAAUCUUUUUCACUGCUUCGCAGCCACUCGACCUUCACUCCCUCGGUUGGCGUUUCGUCUCGUCUGCUUCGCAGCUCGCAAGGAUGAAUGUGGAAAAAUUACAGAAGAUGGCCGGUUCGGUUCGCACCGGUGGGAAAGGCACUGUGAGGAGAAAGAAGAAGGCUGUACACAAGACAACUACCACAGAUGACAAGAGACUUCAAAGCACACUGAAAAGAAUUGGGGUGAAUGCCAUUCCUGCAAUCGAGGAAGUCAAUAUCUUCAAAGAGGAUGUAGUAAUCCAGUUCACUAACCCUAAAGUUCAAGCAUCCAUCGCAGCCAACACUUGGGUCGUAAGUGGCACUCCACAGAACAAGAAAUUACAAGACAUUCUUCCCCAAAUUAUCAACCAAUUGGGUCCGGAUAACCUCGAGAAUUUGAAGAAAUUGGCAGAACAGUUCCAGAAACAUGCCCCUGCUUCCGGAAGUAAUACAGGUGCUACUUCGGCACUGGACACUAUAGAAGACGACGAGGUUCCUGAUCUUGUCCCUGGAGAAACAUUUGAAGCUGCUGCAGAGGAGGGCGAGCCAAAGCACACCCACUCGGCAGUGGAGGAGGGGCAUGAAUCGCACGACCAUGCUUCCUGAGGCUUCAUUGUUACAAUUUUGGGUCGCCUUUGUCUCUCUAUCUUCAUGCUUUUCAGGUCUGUUGCAAUACUCGACUUUACAUCUUUUGUGAACCAUAACAAGAAAUCUAGUGAUGCUUUACAAAAUUGGUAAAUGCUUUUAGUGA